GGUCAGAGACACAGAGAUCUGCAGAGCUGAGAGUGAGAGGCACUGAGGAGGGAACACACACUUUUACUGACUCACGGACACACUCAGAGACACACACAGACACACACUCACAGACACACACAGAGACUCACACACAGAGACACACACACAGACACACUCAGAGACACACACAGACACACACUCACAGACACACACAGAGACUCACACACAGAGACACACACACAGACACACACUCAGAGACACUCAGAGACACUCAGAGACAAAAACAAGUGACCUAUUCUUCUCACACCGAACACAGUUGUAGAUCAUCCGAACACACACACACGUCUCUGGACUCUGGACUCGAGGAUUCAUCCCUGAAGGACUCUGUUUCCCAUCAUGCACCAGCGGAGCCUCCCUGGGCCCCAGGGGGUCUCCCCCACACUGCAGGGGGUCUCCAUGCAGCGGGGGGUCUCGCCCCAGCGAAGGACUCCCCAGGAUGGAGACUCUUCGUGGAGCUCCAGGCGGAGCAGGGGGUCAGGGCUGUGCCUGUGCCCGCCAGGCGGAGCCCCUCUCUGGGCAUGGGUCCUGCUGGCAGCCCUGCUGGUUCCUGGAGCCCGGAGCUAUCUGAGUGAGGAGCAGGAGGAGCUGCUGGUGGAGCUGCAUAACCAUUACAGAGGACAGGUUUCUCCCAGCGCCUCCGCCAUGCUGCCUCUGAGAUGGGACCCCAGUCUGAAGCUGUUAGCCGAGGGCUAUGCUGCUAAAUGUGUGUGGAACCACAACCCCGACCUGGAGGACACCGGAGAGAACCUGUUCGCCGGGACCGGCCCGCUGGACCUCCGGGAGGCGCUGGAGAAAUGGUUCCUGGAACAUCUGGACUAUGACUUCCAGAACAACAGCUGUGAUGAAGACAAGAUGUGCGGACAUUACACACAGAUUGUUGGGCAGAUACUCACCGAGUGGGCUGUGCGUUCCAUCUCUGUAACAACAUGGAGGGUCUGGACUGGGAGAGAGUCUCCUUCCUCGUGUGCAACUACUACCCAGCAGGGAACUUUGAGGACGAGCGGCCGUUUGUUGAAGGGGACUGGUGCUCCAGAUGUCCUGAAAACCUGCAGAAGUGUGAAAACAACCUGUGUGUUGCUGACACAGUGGAGGAAGAGGAGGAUGAAGAUGAAGAGGGGACAGGUCCUCCUUCAGACCCCUCCCUCCAGCCUGAAGAGGAAGAAGAAGAAACAACAUCUGACUCUUAUAUCCAGCUGUCCACCACAAGUACUCCCAGUAAUCCCAGUACUCCCAGUAAUCCCAGUACUCCCAGUAAUCCCAGUACUCCCAGUACUCCCAGGUACUCCCAGUACUCCCAGUACUCCCAGUACCUCUUCCUCCACACAGGACUCUGAGGACAUGCCACAGCCGGGAACCCUCGCUCCGGACGUCCCGUCACCUCCACUGGGUACAGAGGAGGAUGGGGGGGAGGAGGGGAGGGAGGAAGCUGCAGAGAGAGAGGCAGAAGUUAGACGGGAAACAUAUCAGAAGAAGAAUAUUUCUGCCGGUGGAUCAAAAUCUUGUUCUUCUUCUUCUGUCCUGCCGGUCUGUCUGACUGCCAUCCUGACUCUGACAGGAAGAGGAUUGUUUGGUCUAUAAGACGUCGGAAAAUGUCAUUCAGUGUUUUCCCAAAAGCCCAGAACUCCAAUCACCAAACUCACCAGACUCCAUGUAAAUAAUCAGGACUUUUAGCGUGUAUAGAGCCAGCAUAUCUCCACAUGUAAA